ACCAAACUCAUACAUAGGUCACAAACUAACAAACAGUCGUAGUAGACGGUGGAAAAAUGUAUAUGUUGGUGUACAUUGGUGCAUGCACGUGAUGAUACUCACCUACCCUUCAACCCUCACAUACAUAUAAAAUGCCAUCUCCUCAAACAAGUUCAAAGCACACCUUCAUUUCAACCUCUCUGAUUUUGUAAUUGAGUUCGAUCAAAUAGCUCCCAGUACUUUAAUUGAUUUCUGAAUAUCAUCACUUAAUUUGAAGGAAAGAUGGUGAGCGUAGCUGAGAUCCGCCAGGCACAAAGGGCAGAAGGCCCAGCAACCAUCCUUGCCAUUGGAACUGCAAACCCACCAAACUGUGUUGAUCAGAGCACCUAUCCUGACUACUACUUCAGAAUCACCAACAGUGAGCACAUGACCGAGCUCAAAGAGAAAUUCCAGCGCAUGUGUGACAAGUCUAUGAUCAAGAGGAGAUAUAUGUACCUAAACGAAGAGAUCUUGAAAGAGAAUCCAAACAUGUGUGCUUACAUGGCACCUUCUUUGGAUGCUAGGCAAGACAUGGUGGUGGUAGAGGUACCAAAGCUAGGGAAAGAGGCUGCAGUAAAGGCCAUAAAGGAGUGGGGCCAGCCAAAGUCAAAGAUUACCCACUUGAUCUUCUGCACCACCAGUGGUGUUGACAUGCCUGGUGCUGAUUACCAACUGACCAAACAAUUGGGCCUUCGCCCCUAUGUGAAGAGGUAUAUGAUGUACCAACAAGGUUGCUUUGCAGGUGGCACGGUUCUUCGUUUGGCCAAGGAUUUGGCUGAGAACAACAAGGGUGCACGUGUGCUUGUUGUCUGUUCUGAGAUCACUGCAGUCACAUUCCGUGGACCAAGUGACACUCACCUUGAUAGUCUUGUGGGCCAAGCAUUGUUUGGAGAUGGAGCUGCUGCUGUCAUUGUUGGUUCUGACCCAAUUCCACAAGUUGAGAAGCCUUUGUAUGAGCUUGUUUGGACUGCACAAACAAUUGCUCCAGACAGUGAAGGUGCUAUUGAUGGACACCUUCGUGAGGUUGGACUCACAUUUCACCUCCUCAAGGAUGUUCCCGGGAUUGUCUCAAAGAACAUUGACAAGGCACUUUUUGAGGCUUUCAACCCAUUGAACAUCUCUGAUUACAACUCCAUCUUUUGGAUUGCACACCCCGGUGGGCCUGCUAUUCUUGACCAAGUUGAGCAAAAGUUAGGUCUCAAACCUGAGAAGAUGAAGGCCACUAGAGAUGUGCUUAGUGAAUAUGGGAACAUGUCAAGUGCUUGUGUUCUUUUCAUCUUGGAUGAGAUGAGGAGGAAAUCUGCUGAAAAUGGACUUAAAACCACAGGUGAAGGACUUGAAUGGGGUGUGUUGUUCGGUUUUGGACCUGGACUUACCAUUGAAACUGUUGUUCUGCGCAGUGUGGCCAUCUGAGAUGCCUAAUAUAUUAUUUCAUUAUUGUGUACCACUUUUCAAACUUGCUGGAGUUUGUAACAACAACAACAAAAAAAAAAAAAACUCGUUUAGAGUUUGUAAUUGUGUACGUUUAUAUUCAAAUAAUAAUACAUGUUCGAUGGCCUUUUAGCCUAAUUUCAUGAUAACA